ACACGUCAAUCCCCAAGGACGUCAUCGGAGGCACGCGUCCCUUCGCAAACCAAAACGUUGGACGAACGCCGCCGAAGCUUCGAUUUUUAAUGCCGCCAAGUUGAGUGGCAGAGUCAAACUCAUAGGCGCAAGCCGCUUGCGGUAACCGGGUCCUUCGGUUUUACCCAGUUAUCUACUAUCACGCCUUGGACCCAAAAAAGAGAGAAAUUUCAUCAUCCCCAUUGAAAACAAUUCGUUCUUUAGUUGUUUUCAGCAGCCUGUCACCUGCAAUGUCUGUGGCGGGACCACGUGAGAGACUUCCAGUAGAGUGCGGAGGUGGGAAAUCCCAUAAAAGCACGGGUGUUCUCCCGAAAAGGAUGCUGGUGAUGGUGGUGGGGAAAAUCAUGAUUUGCCCUUUCUUGUGAAAAAGCAGAAAGAACUCUUUCUUGGGACUUUUUUUUCUUUCUGGGUUGAAAUUCUGCGAAUCCCCGGUGGCACAUUGAUUCAUCGCUGUUGCAGGUAAUAGAAAAGCGGAAUUUUUUUUUUUUUUUGGUUUUUUUGGUGGGUUUUGGUUCAUUUCGGGAGAGAUGGGCGAGGAGAGCAAGGUUGAUGAAGAUCAUCUGAAGAAGCUGAGAGUCUUAAAUGGAAGAGAGGAGUUUCCGUCGUCCAAUUUGUGGCACACUAUGGUGGCUUUAGGGAUUUGGUUGGGUGCUAUUCACUUCGUCUCCCUACUGGUCCUCUUCUCUUUCUUCUUCCUUUCUCCCUCCAAAGCCCUUCUGGUUUGUGGGUUGCUCGUGAUAUUUAUGUUCCUUCCAAUUAAUGAUAGAAGCAGAUUAGGCAGAAAGUUGUCGAGGUACAUAUGUAAACAUGCUUGCAGUUAUUUCCCUGUUACUCUGCACGUGGAGGAUAUAGAAGCCUUUGAUCCUAGUCGCGCCUAUGUUUUUGGAUAUGAACCACAUUCAGUACUUCCAAUUGGUGUUGUUGCGCUUGCUGAUCUCACUGGUUUCAUGCCUCUCCCGAAAAUUAAAGUCCUUGCUAGUAGUGCAGUGUUUUACACUCCAUUUCUGAGACAUAUAUGGACAUGGUUGGGUCUCACGCCGGCAACUAAGACAAACUUCAUUUCCCUAUUGGGUGCUGGCUACAGCUGUAUCAUUGUGCCCGGCGGUGUACAAGAGACCUUCCUCAUGGAGCGUCAUUCCGAGAUUGCAUUUAUUAAAUCAAGAAAAGGAUUUGUGCGGAUAGCCAUGGAGAUGGGCUGCCCCCUGGUUCCAGUUUUCUGCUUCGGUCAAUCAAAUGUCUACAAGUGGUGGAAGCCUGGUGGGAAGUUGUAUCUGCAAUUUUCUAGAGCAAUUAAGUUUACGCCAGUUUUCUUCUGGGGAAUCUUUGGAUCUCCUUUACCCUUCCAACAUCCAAUGCAUGUGGUGGUCGGUAGACCCAUUGAGUUUAAGAAAACCUCCAAACCCACCAUGGAAGAGGUCGACAAGGUGCACGGCAAGUUUGUCGAAGCAUGCAGAGACCUCUUUGAAACGCAUAAGGCACGGGUUGGCCAUGCCGAUAUUGAGCUAAAAAUUCUUUGAACAUAGCUUCGAUUCAUUUUCAUUUACUGGAGACCUUGUUUAUAUGUUUCAAUCAAUGAGGACUAAUGAAACUCUUAAGAGAGGGCAAUUGGAUUUACUGUACAUUCCAGCAUCCCAUGUCCUAUUGGGGGUGGCUAAUAAGGUCUGAAUACAAUGAUGUUAGUCUUGUUCCUUCUCUCUAUUUUGUGGCUUCCAUUAUGUAUACAACCUUCACAAUCGAUUACAGUUCUGCUUCAACAUAGCUGUUGAUUUUGCUUCUCAAGAUCCUUCCAACA